UGAUAGUGCCAGCGGGACGCUGACGUACAUACGGUCAUCGUAUGAACAUCGGAGGCUUCCUUUCUCUAUCGUUAUGGGGUCAGCUGGACAAAGUUUAUGGACUCCCCUAUCUGUGCAGGGGAUAUAAAAAGCCCUCGCAUACUAUCUCCUCUCUAGAGGCCUGGUCAAUAUCCUCACCCAUCUCCAGUUUGCAGGCUUGAACUCAUCAGUUAACAAUGUCAUGCGAAGUCCGUCAGAGAGCAAAGGCCCAAUCUGCGUGUCCUCUUGGUCCUUUAGGCGUCGAAGCUGCCCUUGAGGCGAAGGCCAACCCUUCCAUCCAACCACGCCCAAAAAUAUUUGACGAGUUUGCCUUGACUGAUCGAGUGGCACUUGUGUCUGGAGGCAAUCGGGGGCUCGGACUCGAGAUGGCGAUAGCGCUGGCCGAGGCAGGCGCGAGAGCUGUUUAUUGUUUUGAUCUUCCUGAGGAGCCUUCAGAAGAAUUUGUCGCUUCCCGAGAGUAUGUCAGCAAGCUUGAUAACGGCUCGAGGCUCGAGUACUUCGCCACGGACGUGCGUGACCAACAGUUGCUUUGGAAGAAAGCAGAGGAGAUAGGCGAUGAGGAGCAAAGGUUGGAUAUUUGUGUGGCUGCCGCCGGUGUUCUCAAGCCGCAGAUGGAUUGCUUGGAAUAUUCUGCAGACCUGUUCAGAGAGGUCGUGGAGGUGAACACAACUGGCGUUCUGUUUACGGCACAGGCUGCUGGACGGCAGAUGGCACGCUUCGGCCGUGGUGGCAGCAUCAUCUUGAUCGCGUCGAUAUCAGGAAGUCUUACCAACAGGGACCACGCAUGGGUUUCAUACAACUCGUCCAAGUCUGCUGUGUUGCAGAUGGCACGUAGCAUGGCAUGUGAACUCGGAGAGAAGAAGAUUCGUGUGAAUACGUUGUCCCCCGGCUAUAUGUUCACCAAGAUGACUGCAGCAUUCAUUGAUAACCACCCUGACUUGCUCGACAAGUGGUCCAGCUUGAACCCGCUUGGACGAAUGGGAAGGCCUGAUGAGCUUCGCGGUGUUAUCACCUGGCUUGCAUCUGAUGCGUCUACUUUCUGCACUGGAAGCGACAUCGUUGUCAGCGGUGGACAUCACGCGUGGUAGAUUGCAUGCGGCAUUUUUGUUGGCACAACUUGUAAAAUAUAAAUACUGUCUUCUCAAAAGAAAUAGUUAUUCUUGAUUGUCC